AUGGCUUAUAAAUCACCGUGCAUCAAGUGUCAAAAAGGUAAUAGUAUUCUAACCUGUAGUGGAUGUCAAAAAAUGUUUUGUCGAAAAUGUACAAACGAACAUCGGCUUGAACUAAAUACCCAACUCGAUCGUGUUGUCUACGAACACGAUCUCAUUCAACAACAACUCCAAGUAAAAGAUCACAGUUCUUAUAAUUUUCUCUUUAAUCAAAUAAACAAAUGGCAAACAGAAUCGAUUAACAAAGUAAAGCAAGCUGGCGACGAAGCACGACAAAAUAUUCGUCGAUUACUUGAUCAGAACAAAGAUCAGUUAACCAAAGACUUGCGUAAAUUAAUCGAUGAAUUGAGAAAAAGUAAAAAAAGUGAAAAUUACGUCGAAACAGAUCUAGAUAAAUGGAAAUUAGAAUUACAAAAACUUAAAGAAGAACUGCAAAUGGCAUCGAAUAUCCGUUUAGAAACCCAAAAUUCAUCGUGGAUUGACGUAAUUAAAGUAGUCCCAAGAUCUACAACAGAUGAUCAGGAGCUACAGCUCUUACAUCAUUCGCCUCACACUGCUACUUUAACGCAUUCACCAACAUUCGAUAAACCGACACCAAGACGAGAAAAUGAAUUUGCUACAGAUCUCUCAACAACUCUCAUUGAAAGGGAUACAUUUGAUGCAGCAAAGACCUAUGGUCCAGUCAAGAUCCAAGACAACGGCAAAGUAGCUGUACAUGCUGGUUCCACAGACAGUGCCACAGAGAUACGUGGGGCCCAUCUGUAUUCAACAGGGAAACAUUUUAUUCAACUCAAAUUGGAGAAAAUGCAUCACGGUUACUCAUUAUUUGGUUUAAUAUCAUCAUCGAUACCCGUGCAGGAAACAUCUAUUUCAUCAAAAGCCACGUAUGGCUGGGUACCAGGCAAAAGUAAGCAAGCCUGGCUGAAAGGAUCAGGCAGUUCAGAGUACGGUGGAUAUGAUGGUGAUGUCGUGGAAAACGAUGUUAUCGGAUUGUUACUCAACUGUGAUAAGAAAACUAUUCAGCUGUCCACUAAACGAACAAAUAAACUCUAUCAGAUACCAAUUGAUGUCCAUAGCUGUCCGUUUCCAUGGCAACUAUAUCUUAGUCUCUACGAAGUAGGUGACAUUGUACGUAUUGUAUGA